AAUGACUCUGGAAGCUCUUAUUUUGCAUUACAGUGAAGUUAUAGAAACAGAAAUAACAUUUGUUACCUUUCUGCCAAGGAAUGAUACUUUAAUCCAAACAGGGAAUGUCUCAGGGUGAUACUUUGUUUAAAUACAGUCUUUGUAUCUUUCCAAGGCCUCUUGGUCUGAUAUCACCGUUCUGCAGCUAACAGCCCUCCACCCCCACCUGCCACCAUGAGCUCCCUGACUCACAACGAAGCUUUGCAGGCUCUUUCUUUCAAGCAAAAGAAAUAAUCCACAGUGGAAGGGAACCUUUGUGUUUGUGGGUAACUACUUGUAACUGAAGGUAAAAACAUUUGGUUCCUUAUACGAGAUGUGUUUUAUUUGCCUACAUAAAUCUAAAUAAUUGCAUCUGUCAAAAUACGGUGGCAUACAGUGAUGAAGUCCAUGUCUGCAAUACAUACUUGUAUAACUUCUUUAUUACUUCGCAAGCUUUGGGAAAAGAAACAAAAACCUACUGAUACUGAAGAACUGACCCUGUAUCCUACCAGUUCACUGACACCACAAUGACAAAAAGUUACAUACGGCAACUCAGGUGAAAGUAUGCUGACACCAUGCGGUGUUUCCAAAGCAACACUGAACCCCGAGCUUCUGAAGAGUUUCAAUUAAAAACAAACAACAAAACCAGCUCUCCCCAGUAACUUCAUGUGAGACCACUGACCCCACAGCAAUCUGGUCUCAAGUCUCAAUAACUCCAGCAUUCAGCCAAGCCUCUGCUCCACACUGCCAACCCUGCUCUUAACUGCUGUACAAACCAGGAUGGAAAGGUAUGAGGCCAAUCUCUUUCCUGUGCUGCUAAGUUGAUUCUGUGUCACUUUCCCCAGCACACCAUGUCCCAGGUUAAUUGUGCAAGAAGCCGUCCCCAAAAAUGAUCAAUCUCUAUUGCAAACAAGAACACCUCAAGUGUUGAUGAUUGGACCUCACAGUCACAGCCAGCAGAUGUAGAGAGGGCCCCCCCCACAGCUACCAGCUGUAAGCCAAGCACAGCAGGGAAGGCCUAAUGUCCCUGACAGAAGGCUCUGAGGAUCCCAGGGUUGUUUCACUGCCUGCAUGGUGCUCCUGUGCCCUGCCAGCCGAGCUCUGCCAGCACACCCAGGGCCCUGCUGGAGCUCACAGCACUUCACAGCCAACAGCGUGGGACCCCUUGGGAGGGGCCGUGGACGCACACAUUGCUGGGCAGAUUUGCUCUCCCUGUGCAUGUAAAUAGAAAUGCCAGCAAUUCUUUUCUUCAUCACCAACAGCUGUUUCUGCACAGAACUUGCAACAACCCUCAUGCCAAGUGUGCUCACAUUUUUCACUUGCGAUGCAGACCUGUUAUAAUGGGGUAUCGCUUUUUAAUCUGUCAAUGAAAGCCAUGAAAGUCUUCAAAAGCACACAGUGGAUCUGCUUGUUUGUAUGUGUUUGGGCACAGAGCACGUGACUGGGGUACAGGAUGGGCCGGAUACCACGCAGAUCACUCCCCAAGGAUAAGCCCCAGCACUCACCUCGUGGCUGUGCGCAGGAAGAGAGGGAAGAUCCCUCGGGACUGAUUUGCAUCAUCUGCUCAUCUCUGUGCCUCAGAGGCUCCGCCUGCUUCUCUGAGUCGAAAAGAUGAGAGAAAACUGAGUGUUUGCAAGUGACUUUCUGAGGGUUUUUUCUGCCACACAGCCACAGCACUGCCCUCACAUUGUGCCACUGCCGCAAUGCCCCACAGCUCCAGGGCUCAGAGCACACCAGCCCACUGCCACCUGGGGCAGCCCUCAGCCCUUCUCCCCUUCCAGCCUCUCUCCAUCCCACUCUGCACAACAGAGCUGGCCCAUGUGGGAGAUACACAGAAAAACAGACUGAAUCCUGCAUUUCAGUUUAAAAAGUAAGCGAUACCAUGAAGAUCAGCCUUGCACAAUGAGCACAACAGCACAGCAUCAACCCACCUCUGCUCAAAACUGAACAAAGGAGCACUCCAGAUGAAGAAGCUUUGCAAGCAUCUCAACAAAUAUGGUCUGAACCUUCAGCUUGUGACUAAGCCUAAAACCAGACAUUCUUAACUUGGUUUUUCACACAGCUAUGGUGCAAAAUCAGUAAACUCCUGAGGAUUCUCAGCUAACAGGGCACUAACAAGCUGGGUUUCAGUGCUGCUGUUUUAGCAGUACCUAACAAGCCUUUAAAGGUUCAGAGUUUUAACUCCUUAUAGAAGUACCUCCCCAGCCAUCCUCGCUGGACUCUACCAUCCCCCAUGCUGUUCAUGGUGCAGCCUCAACACCCCUGCCUGCACUGCAGGAAGGGAACAACCACAGCACCAGUGGGCAGCUCCACAUCACCUCUCUACAUAACUUCCAUGUGCCCUGGCUGCUUGAAUGCUGGUUUUAAUUGCGUCAGUCGGAGCAUUUAAAAACCACAGACACAUUUAAAAAAAAACAGCAGAGGCAGCAAGGGGAAAAUCUGCUCUCACACUAUGAGGAAACAUACUGAGAGACACUGAAUGCUAACAGACUGCUGCUCCGGACUCCUCACAGGGCCCUAAGACAGGUUCUUGAUCACUCCAUCCAGCAAAACAAAGUGCACAAGAAGUUCACAAUGCCAAACAAUGCUUCCCAAUGCUACAUCAAAACAGAACUGGAACCUUUCACCUACUUUUACUACUUGAUCUUUCUUAUGGGUUUUCUGGGGAGUUGUUUUGCGCUGUGGGCAUUCAUGCAGAAAGACGAACAGCAGAAGUGUAUGAGCAUCUACUUAAUCAACCUCCUGACUGCGGACUUCUUACUGACUUUGGCGUUGCCAGUAAAGAUAAUAGUUGACCUCGGUGUUGCGCCCUGGAAACUGCAGAUAUUUCACUGCCAAGUGACAGCCUGCCUCAUCUACCUGAACAUGUAUUUAUCAAUUAUAUUCCUGGGAUUUGUAAGCAUGGAUCGGUACCUUCAGCUGAUGCACAGCUCUAAGAUCUAUCGCAUUCAGGAGCCUGGAUUUGCCAAGAUUUUGUCUGCAGUUGUAUGGACAAUGCUUCUCCUGAUAACAGUGCCUAACAUGGCAAUUCCCAUAAAAACAAUUGAAGAAAGACCUAAUGCAAGGUGCAUCGAUUUCAAAACAAAGUUUGGGAGAGACUGGCAUGUUUUUACAAACUUCGUGUGUACGGCAAUAUUCCUCAAUUUUUCAGCUAUGAUCCUCAUUUCCAAUUUCCUUGUUGUCAGACAGCUCUACAUAAACAAAUACAGCGAGAGUUACAGAAACGUGAAGAAAGCCCUGGUGAGCAUCCUGCUGCUAACAGCUGCCUACCUGCUGUGCUUCCUUCCCUACCACGUCGUUCGCAUCCCCUACACUCUGAGCCAGAGCGAUGCCAUAACCAGCUGCUCUGUGAAGCAAACUCUCUUUCAUGCAAAAGAAUCUACCUUGCUCUUUGCAAUAUCAAACCUCUGCUUUGACCCAAUUCUGUACUAUCGUCUUUCCAAAGUAUUCAGACUGAAAGUCACUGAGGCUUUCAUAGCAUCCAAACAGGCAAAGGUUUCCAUAGAAGAAGAGGCACAGCACAGAAGCGAGCAUUGGGUACAAAGACACUGAUUCUAAACUACAUGGAAAGUGUGUGCAAACACACAACCUAAACAGCUGUUGUGCAACUGGAAACAUGGCUGCUACCAUCAACAUCACCAUUGGACGGAAGAGGACAAACUCGCAUCACCAUGCCAGCUAUAGAAGGCCUGAACAAGCAAAGCACUCAGUGCUGCUGUUCAGAAAUACUCUGCAGUGCACCAGUGACAACCUAAGAGCAGCCAGCAAAAAUGUAGAACAAAACUUGUUGAGAGACACCCAAAUAUACACUAUUAUUAUUUAUGGUAAACACUUCGGGCUCUCCCUAAGUGAAAUACUGCAUUCUUACUAGAUUUGUUUUCAAGUAGCAGUUCAUCACCUGCAAAGCCUCCCACAGACACAAUUAACCCAAAAUCAUUUUAAAGGGCAUUAUUUAAUCUAUAAAGCAAUGUUAAGCUGCACUGAUUAAAAACUAUUGUAUCUGCUUACAUCUCACCUGUAAUUCCCAUAAAUAAACCUUCUGUUCUUGUCAAGUUCCACCGCCCUCCCUUGAUGCUACUGCACUGAACUUAAAAACAACCAGCAGUGUGUAAGUACAGGAAGUUCAAGGCAAUUGUAAAAUGAAAAUAAAGAGUAAGCAGAA